AUGCUGAAUGAGAAAGAAUAUGUGAUUCCCGGAUGCAGCGAUCUGUAUUGCCCACUCGAAGAGGCGAAGCAGAUUCUUGGACAACAUCUCGACGGCUGUGCGUUUGAGAACAUAUGCCACAACCCGAAAGCUGAUGGGGAUGGUGUGAAGAUUGAGCUAUGA